GAAACAACUAGUGACACUUUCCGAAAUUACUCCUGUGUUCCUGCUUGAAAGCUGCCGCUGAAUUAGAAAUGCCUUUCAACCAGUAAAAAGAACUUUGAAUAAAUCGUUGCCAAAUUCGAGAAUUUACAAAAACAGAUCAUCAAACAUCAUUAGUUGGAAGCUAGGGCGACGUGAUUUGUUGUUUCAGUUUCCACACCGCAUGCAUGCAAUGGCUGGGUCAGGGGCAUUGUGGAGGCCGCCUCGUACAUGCGAAGAUUACUGGAGUGAGUUCCGACACUGCAAGAGUCUGUCGAACCGCUUCCAUCACUACUACACCUUUGGCACACACCCCACUUGCGAGCAGUGGAAAGAGGACUACGGCAACUGCAAAGAAUGGGAGAAGAGCCAUAGCUCACAAGCCAAGGAGGCUCUGCGGGAGAGUGAGGGAAGCCGUGUGGCGGAACAGAGGAAGUUCACCCCUGUGUGGGAACUCAGGAAGGAGCCUCCUAGAGACUGGCACAUGCCCCUCAAUCAGGGCAAGGACUCCUGAAACUGCGCUGCCAGUGCACACAUGCUUGCACACUUAUACUCACACACAAACGCUCUUCAAUACCUCAUCUAGUCACCUUCCAGCCGUACUAUUCUCCGUUCCAUUAACUGGUGCUUGCCUAAAGUAAUACACUCAGGACUUGACUGGACUAGUUGAGUCCUGACAGAUGCAUCAGAGGGAUGACUUCAUGGUGGUGUACCCUGGGUGUGUAUCUGAAAUGUUCCUGUUUGGGAAGAAUGAGUGUAAAAUGUUUUUUUUGUUCACACAUGUCUACAAACUAACACUAGCAAACCCUUGUUCUGGAAGAGUGCUUUAUUUCCUUUUGUCUCUCUCCCCGUCUUUGGCAGAAUUGUGAGUUGGGUGCAGCUCCAGGAGCAGUGUUAAGGUCCACUGAGGCCCAUUCUGUUUGUGCAGUUAACACCAGUCACACCAGUAAGCUUUUAGGACUGGUUUGACCUGUAGAGAUUAAGCCCUGGGGUAGGGCGCCGUACAUCCUGAAGAGAUGACUUGUAGACAUGAGUGUCAGCUUGAGCCCACAUCAGAAAGUUACUCAAGAUCCUCAAAUGCCCAUUGAAAUUACAAUUGAUUACAUGCCCAUUGAAAUACAACUGAAAUCCACGGUCACCAUCUGCCCAGAGGUUUUCAGUGUAGUUUAUAUUGAAAGUAUAUGUUGAUAAUGUA